CCUCUGCCUGGCCCCGGGGCCACAGCCACGCCCCAGCCCGCCUGUUGAGGGAACAAAACUUUCCCCUGGCCAGGAGCGGGGAGAAAGGGGACACACGUAGGGGCCCUGUGGGACCCGGUGAUGAUAGGGUGUCAGGCUCUCUGGAAGUGACCAGGCCUGGGGAACAGGUGAGGCAUGGCGCAGGUGGAGGGGGUCCCCCGGCCCGGGGCUGCCCUGGGCCAGGCCUGCAUCUUCAAGCUGGUUCUCCUGGGCAGUGGUUCUGUGGGCAAGUCCAGCUUGGCUCUCCAGUAUGUGAAGAAUGAUUUCAGGAGCAUCCUGCCGACCGUGGGAUGUGCGUUCUUCACAAAGGUGGUGGAUUUGGGGGCUGCAUCUCUGAAGUUUGAGAUCUGGGACACGGCUGGCCAGGAAAAGUACCACAGCGUCUGCCACCUCUACUUCAGGGGUGCCAAUGCUGCGCUUUUGGUGUAUGAUGUCACCAGGAAGGCUUCCUUCUGCAAGGCGCGGCAGUGGCUGAAGGACCUGGAGGAGGAGUUCCACCCUGGAGAAGUCGUGGUGAUGCUGGUCGGCAACAAGACGGACCUCAACCAGGAGCGGGAGGUGACCUUUGAGGAAGGGAGGGAGUUUGCAGAGAGCAAGGGGUUGCUGUUCAUGGAAACCUCGGCCAAACUGAACCACCAGGUGACUGAAGUCUUCAGUGCUGUCGCCCGAGAGCUUUUGCAGAGACAAGAGAAGAAGGAGGGCCAGAGGCAGCAGGGAGAUGCACGGCUGGCUCUGAAUGAGACGCCCCCGGGGCGGGGCAGAUGCUGCGCCCGCUAG